AUGUCACGCCCCGUUCAACAUAUUGUCGAUUUUGAACAAUUACGACUUCAAGACGCCUCUGCGACUUCAUACAUCUCCUUGCCGGUACCCACCGAUCAUGGACUCACGGAGAUAUUCCGUAAUGCAGCCCUCGAAGGAUCCUCUCGGCAAUGGUCGCUCGGGAAUCCCAAUGCCUUCAACACUGAAGAAACCUACACCCAGCUCUGGACGAAUGUCGCUGGCAGGUUCUGCAAUGCGAGCGCCCAAUACAAUGCCGCCUCCAAGUAUCCACAGGCAGUCAAUGCUGCGGCCUCAGCAUGCAAACCCGUUGCUGCAAACUCUGUGCGGCGUGGGUCAACGUGGGGUGGUGGUCCUAUGCUGGCACCGCCGUCCAGCAACCAAGUCGCAAAGGAUAGCCGACCUCUACGAGAUCGACCCUACCAAGCGAAGAUGCGGCAAGAUGUUUACAACUACCUCAACGAGUCUGGUUUCGAAAUUUCCAUGCCUGCAUUAACGAGCAUGCAAGGGAAAGACUAUCGCGCCAUUUUUGACACCCUCGUUCUCACCCUCGAUUCUUCGUAUCCCUUUAAAGACGGUGCUCGGUUCGAAGAAGAAUUUGUGCCUGCUCUUAAAGCACUACGAUACCCUUUCGCUCAUCAGCUUGACCCGAAAUGGCUUGCUGCUGUAGCUAGUCCGCACUCAUGGCCGUAUCUUUUAGGCGUGCUUCAUUGGCUGGUCGAAUUGUGCAAAAUGCGAAUGGAUUAUCUGUUCAGUGGACACCCUACCAUCCAGAAUCCAGAGCAUGUUCCGGAAGAAUUCGAUGACCCGUUUGACCAUAAAGCGCUUGCUUUCCAGUAUCUGGAAGAAACUUAUACGCUGUGGCUCGACCUACAAGAUGACUUCACGGAGUGGAACCAGGCUAUGGAAGGCCGCUAUCAGAAGCGGAACGAAAGAGUUCAAGAUGAACUGGAUCAACAGACCGGGGAAUUGUCCAAACUUCAGGGGGAGUACAGCAAGUUGAAGUCAACCGCACCUUCUAUCAGCGAGCUCAAGAAACAGAAUGAGCUUUUCCAGAAGGAUAGCGAGAAACUCAAGAAGAUCCUUGAACGGUAUGAAUCGAGGCGUGAUAAACUCAUCGAACAAAUCGCCUUUGAGAAGGCAGAAUUGGCUAAAGGAGGCGAGCUUCUCGAGCAAUUGAAGUCGGAACUGGAUAAAUUGGGCGAAACAGUGAAGAUCCAGAACCUGACACCUGAGGAAGUAAUCAAGAUGAACACAGACCGCGAAACGUUGAGCCGAAACUUAGAAGAUCUCAAGUCCAAGAUUGCAGAAUCCCACAAAGUGGUGAUGACUCUAGAAGUCAACGUCACUAACCGGGCGGCUGCCGUGGAAGAGGCCCUUGACACGUACACGAACAUGUUGUCAUCAUUGGGACUUUAUCCCUCACCGCCGGAGCCUUGGCAAGACAUCGACCUGACGUUAGAAUUGAACUCGGCCUCAUCGAAUCCCCAGCAACUCCUGGCUGGCUCGGAUAUAAGGAAAAUCAUCAAACCUACUCUCAGCAGCGUCGCGGAAACGAAGCGCUUGGAGAGAGCCGCCCUUGAGAACGAGUCCGUCAAAGUUAAUAACGAACUUGACCAGCUCACAACAGAAUGCAAGAACCUGGAUUAUGAGAUCGGAGAGUUGGAAAAGAAGGCUACAGCCCUCAAUGAGCAAGGCGAUGAUUUACGAGAUGCAGCGCAGCAAGAAGCGCAAGUGGCAAGUGCGGAAGCCUCGCGCCUAGAACGCGAUCUUAAUCAUGCCCGAACGGCCGCCAUUGCGAAUGGACUGGGUGUCAAAUCACGGCUGCAGGCGUUGCAGUUCAGUUAUAAGGAACAAAUGGAGGCCGUAUCCCGAUUAACGGAGAAUACCAUACGAGCAAUUCUCAAGAAUAGUCAAGAAAUCGCCACGUUCAAACAAGAAGUGUCGCGACACUUGCAAGAGCUUCGCGAUUUUGCAGAAGCAAAUUGA